AUGGGGAACUGCUGUCAUGAUGCCGUGGUGGUGGCCCAGGCCAAGAUUGCCAAUGCCACGGAGCGAGUUUGGAUGACCCCACGAGGGGCCUGGAGCCAGGUUUUGGCAGCUGGAUCCUUGCCAUGGGCUUUCAGCUCCCAGUUAGACUCCUCGGACUAUGCCAAGGUCUCGGGCCUUGAAGGGGGUCAAAACAGCUGCACUUCAUUACUAUUGCUGCGACAACAAAUUCUUGGAUGGAGUUGGCUUUGGAGCGAAGCGGCAUCUGGAGAAGGCCGGAAUCGGGAUCAAGCUUCACGAUACGAUACAGUCUGA